AAGUGAAUUUUUGAUAUUUUUCUGUAAAAAAAUUACAUUUCUAGAAUUUAAGGAUGGAACCAGCAACAGCAAGAGAAGUUGUAAGUAGUAGUGGUGGGGUUACAGUGGUGGGAUCUGAUGCCGCAUCGGACUACCAUGUGGCUCCGAGGUCAGAAAACCCUAACCCGUCCUCUGGAUCCGCUCUGCUGCAGUCGGCGGCCCAGCCACAGCCACCGCCUAAUGCGGCAGCGCCGGCCAUGCCUGGAAAGAAGAAGAGAGGCAGACCCAGGAAAUAUGCACCAGACGGCUCCGCCACCGCGCCACUCUCUCCGAAGCCUAUAUCUUCUGCAGCGCCACCUCCGGUAAUUGAUUUCUCCUCCGAUAGGCGUCAGAAGGUGAAGCCAGCUAGCUCUGUGAGCAAGACCACUAAAUAUGAAAUGGAGAAUCUAGGAGAAUGGGUUGCUUGCCCUGUGGGUGCAAAUUUCACCCCCCACAUCAUCACAGUUAAUUCUGGUGAGGAUGUUACUAUGAAGAUCAUAUCAUUCUCUCAGCAAGGGCCUCGGGCUAUAUGCAUUCUCUCUGCAAAUGGUGUGAUUUCCAGUGUUACGCUUCGACAGCCUGAUUCUUCCGGGGGUACAUUGACAUAUGAGGGUCGUUUUGAGAUCCUCUCUCUAUCUGGCUCAUUUAUGCCCAACGAAAGCGGUGGAACAAAGAGCAGAACUGGUGGUAUGAGUGUUUCAUUGGCAAGUCCAGAUGGACGCGUUGUCGGCGGUGGAGUUGCUGGUUUACUUGUUGCUGCUAGUCCUGUGCAGGUUGUGAUUGGCAGUUUUUUGGCAGGGAACCAGCAUGAGCAGAAGCCAAAGAAACAGAAACAAGACUUCAUAUCAACUGCGACUCCUACUUCUGCUGUUCCCGUCUCCAACGCUGAUCCAAGAUCGAACCCCUCUCCGUCUCCAUUCCAGGGGGACAAUUGGUCUUCUUUGCCAUCAGACUCGAGGAAUAAUAAACCAACUGAUAUUAAUGCAUCUGUACCGGGAGUUUAACUUAAAGGUUGUCUUACUGUUAUUAAGAGGCUUGACAAUUACGUAAUCGGUGACCAAACUCCCUCGUUUUGUGUGUUUAUCCAGAGACUUCAUUACUUCUGCACCAAUACAUGGGGGAUUUUAGUUGGUUAGGAUGUUAGGAAGCCCCUUGCCGCUGUUGUGUCAUGUAGAAUUUAGAAUUUUUCCUGUAAUUUUUUCAUUUGGGGUUUCCUUUCUCAUGAAUGAUGAAUUCUGAUAUGAGAAAGUGUUUUGUUACGACAAUAUCGUCAA